GAUGGGGCCAGGCCGUCGCGGCUGGGAGUUCUGAGGGAGGCUGCGGUCCCGAAGGGAAACGGUCGCCGCCGGCGCGGAGUGAGAGCCCUGGGAAUGCCGCGGAAGAGCCGAGGCGGAGAACGCUCUCAGGGAAGAAAUAUUUGAAGAAGAUCUUAGUACCACUAUUUUGUUUGUAGAGGACACCUGUACCUGAACACUUAAUUGCAAGCUUGAAAAUCUAAGAAACUGAAACUUGUUCUGUGAGCUUGAAGAUAAAUUUUCAGUGUGUAAAGGCACUUUUAAGAAUGAAAACUGCAUCCAGUUACGUUAGUGAAUAUAGAAUAAUGAGAAGAACACUAUGAUGGCAAAGAACAAAGAGCCUCGCCCUCCAUCCUAUGCUAUUAGUGUGGUUGGACUUUCUGGAACUGAAAAAGACAAGGGGAACUGUGGAGUCGGGAAGUCAUGUUUGUGCAAUAGAUUUGUGCGUUCAAAAGCAGAUGAAUAUUACCCAGAACAUACCUCUGUGCUUAGCACAAUUGACUUUGGCGGACGAGUUGUUAAUAAUGAUCACUUCUUAUACUGGGGUGACGUAACACAAUGUGGAGAGGAUGGAAUAGAUUGCAAAAUUCAUGUUAUUGAACAGACUGAGUUCAUUGAUGAUCAGACUUUUUUGCCUCAUCGAAGUACGAAUUUACAACUCUAUAUAAAACGUGCAGCUGCAACCAAAUUGCAGUCAGCAGAAAAACUUAUGUAUAUUUGCACAGAUCAGCUUGGAUUGGAGCAGGACUUUGAGCAAAAGCAAAUGCCUGAAGGGAAGCUAAACAUUGAUGGAUUUGUUUUGUGCAUCGAUGUAAGUCAAGGAUGCAACAGGAAGUUUGAUGAUCAACUUAAGUUUGUGAAUAACCUCUAUAUUCAGCUAUCAAAAUCUAAAAAGCCUAUAAUAAUAGCAGCAACUAAAUGUGAUGAAUGUGUGGAACAUUAUUUACGAGAGGUUCAGGCAUUUGCUUCAAAUAAGAAGAACCUUCAGGUAGUUGAAACAUCAGCUAGAUUCAAUGUCAAUGUAGAGACAUGUUUUACUGCAUUGGUACAAAUGAUGGAUAAAACCCGUGGUAAGCCUAAAAUAAUUCCCUAUCUGGAUGCCUAUAAAACACAAAGACAACUUGUUGUUACUGCAACAGAUAAAUUUGAGAAACUUGUGCAGACUGUUAGAGACUACCAUGCAACAUGGAAAACUGUUAGUAAUAAACUGAAAAAUCAUCCAGAUUAUGAAGACUACAUUAAUUUAGAGGGAACCAAAAAGGCCAAAAAUACUUUCUCAAAACACAUAGAACAGCUUAAACAAGAACAUAUAAGAAAACGAAGAGAUGAAUAUAUUAAUACAUUACCAAGAGCUUUUAACACCCUUUUGUCAAAUCUUGAAGAGAUUGAGCAUUUGAACUGGUCUGAAGCUUUGAAAUUAAUGGAAAAAAGACCAGAUUUCCAACGAUGUUUUGUGGUUCUGGAAAAAACACCUUGGGAUGAAACUGACCAUAUAGAUAAAGUAAAUGAUAGGAGGAUUCCAUUUGACCUUUUGAGCACACUAGAAGCUGAAAAAGUCUAUCAAAAUCAUGUACAACAUCUAAUAUCAGAAAAGAGGAGAGUUGAAAUGAAGGAGAAAUUCAAAAAAACACUUGAAAGAAUACAGUUCAUUUCUCCAGGGCAGCCCUGGGAAGAAGUUAUGUGUUUUGUAAUGGAGGAUGAGGCAUUUAAAUAUAUUACAGAGGCAGAUAGCAGGGAAGUGUAUAGCAGGCAUCAACGGGAAAUAGUUGAAAAAGCCAAAGAGGAAUUUCAGGAAAUGCUUUUUGAACAUUCAGAACUGUUUUAUGACUUAGAUUUGAAUGCAACACCUAGUUCUGAUAAAAUGAGUGAAAUUCAUGCAGUUCUGAGUGAAGAACCUAGGUACAAAGCUUUACAGAAACUUGCACCUGAUCGAGAGUCUCUUCUCCUUAAACAUAUAGGAUUUGUGUAUCAUCCCACUAAAGAAACAUGUCUCAGUGGCCAAAACUGCAUGGACGUUAAAGUGGAACAGCUACUAGCCAAUAGUCUCAUACAACUGGACCAUGGACGCUUAAAUUUGUAUCACGAUAGUGCCAACAUUGAUAAAGUUAAUCUUUUCAUUUUGGGUAAAGAUGGUCUUUCACAAGAGUUGGCAAAUGAGAUUCGGACACAAUCCACAGAUGAUGAGUAUGCCUUAGAUGGAAAAAUAUAUGAACUUGAUCUUAGACCAGUUGAUGCAAAAUCACCUUAUCUUUUGAGUCAGUUAUGGACUUCUGCCUUCAAACCACAUGGAUGUUUCUGUGUGUUUAAUUCUAUUGAAUCACUCAAUUUUAUUGGUGAAAGCAUUGGGAAAAUACGGACAGAGGCAUCUCAAAUAAGAAGAGACAAGUAUAUGGCCAGUCUUCCAUUUACGUUAAUAUUAGCUAAUCAGAGAGAGAGUGUCAGUAAGAAUUUGCCUAUUCUAAGACACCAAGGACAGCAAUUGGCAAAUAAGUUGCAGUGUCCUUUUAUAGAUGUGCCUGCUGGUACCUACCCACGUAAAUUUAAUGAGGCUCAAAUAAAACAAGCUUUGAGGGGAGUUCUGGAAGCGGUUAAACACCAUUUUGAUGUUGUAAGCCCUGUUCCUAUAAUUAAAGACCUGUCGGAAGCUGAUUUGAGAAUUGUAAUGUGUGCCAUGUGUGGAGAUCCAUUCAGUGUAGAUCUUAUUCUUUCACCCUUCCUUGAUUCUCAUUCAUGUAGUGCUGCUCAGGCUGGUCAAAAUAACUCUCUAAUGCUUGAUAAAAUUAUUGGUGAAAAAAGGAGGCGAAUACAGAUUACAAUAUUAUCAUAUCAUUCUUCAAUUGGUGUCAGAAAAGAUGAACUAGUUCAUGGGUAUAUAUUGGUUUACUCUGCUAAGCGGAAAGCAUCUAUGGGAAUGCUUCGAGCAUUUCUUUCAGAAGUACAAGAUACUAUUCCUGUCCAGCUGGUGGCUGUUACUGACAGUCAAGCAGACUUCUUUGAGAAUGAAGCGAUCAAAGAAUUAAUGACUGAGGGGGAACACAUAGCUACUGAGAUUACUGCUAAAUUUACAGCUUUGUAUUCUUUAUCUCAGUAUCACCGUCAGACUGAGGUUUUCACGUUAUUCUUCAGUGAUGUGUUGGAGAAGAAAAACAUGAUUGAAAAUUCCUAUGUAUCUGAUAGUACAAGAGAGUCAACACAUACAAGUGAGGAUGUUUUCCUGCAUUCUCCCAAAAGGAGCUCUGUUGCCUACAGUGGCUAUCCAGAUUCAGAAGAUGAUACAGAAGCCCCACCUCCUUACAGCCCAAUUGGAGAUGAUGUACAGCUGCUACCAACACCCAGUGAUCGCUCAAAAUAUCGUUUAGAUUUGGAAGGCAAUGAAUAUCCUGUGCAUAGUACACCACUUAAUUGUCAUGAUCAUGAACGCAAUCAUAAAGUGCCUCCUCCUAUAAAGCCGAAGCCAAUUGUACCCAAGACAAAUGUGAAAAAACUGGAUCCAAACCUGUUAAAAACAAUUGAGGCAGGCAUUGGUAAAAAUCCAAGAAAAUCUAGAAUGCCUCUGGCAUCAGCUGAUGAUCUAGAUCAGUCUGAUAAUUAUGCAGAACCUAUAGACACUAUUUUCAAGCUUAGAGGUGUUACUGAUGAUAUCUACGCAGUUCCUGAUGAUAGUCAGAAUCGUAUGAUUAAAAUUCAAAAUUCAUUUGCUAUAAAUAAUGCCCAAGGUGAUGAGGAAAAUGGGUUUCCUGACAGAAUUUCCAGGACCCAUGGAGAAAGAAGACCUUCAAAAUACAAAUAUAAAUCUAAAACACUAUUUAGCAAGGCCAAAUCUUAUUAUCGGAGAGCACAUUCAGAUGCAAGUGAUGAUGAAGCUUUUACAACCUCUAAAACAAAAAGAAAAGGAAGACAUCGUGGCAGUGAAGAAGAUCCACUUUUGUCCCCUGUAGAAACAUGGAAAGGUGGCAUUGAUAACCCAGCAAUUACAUCAGAUCAAGAACUGGAUGAUAAAAAGAUGAAGAAGAAAACUCAGAAAGUGAAGGAAGACAAGAAACAAAAAAAGAAAACUAAGACAUUCAAUCCACCAACUCGUAGAAAUUGGGAGAGUAAUUACUUUGGGAUGCCCCUGCAGGAUUUGGUUACACCUGACAAGCCUAUACCACUCUUUGUUGAGAAGUGUGUGGAGUUCAUUGAGAUUACAGGUUUGUGUACCGAAGGUCUCUAUCGUGUUAGUGGAAAUAAAACUGACCAAGACAACAUUCAGAAACAGUUUGAUCAAGAUCAUAGUAUCAGUUUGGAAUCUAUGGAUGUAACAGUAAAUGCUGUGGCUGGAGCCCUUAAAGCUUUCUUUGCAGAUCUUCCAGAUCCAUUAAUUCCAUAUUCUCUACAUCCCGAAUUAGUUGAUGCAUCAAAAAUCCUUGAUAAAACAGAACGGCUCUAUGAGUUAAAAGAAAUUGUGAAGAAAUUUCAUCCAGUGAACUAUGAUGUCUUCAGAUACGUAAUAACUCAUCUGAACAGGGUUAGCCAGCAAAGUAGAACCAAUUUUAUGACUGCAGACAACUUAUCUAUCUGUUUCUGGCCAACUUUGAUGAGACCUGACUUUGAAAACAGAGAGUUCCUUUCAACCACCAAGAUUCUCCAGUCAGUAAUAGAAACAUUCAUUCAACAGUGCCAGUUUUUCUUUUAUAAUGGAGACAUUUUAGAAACUUCUGAGAGUGUGGCACACCAGCCUCCACCUUCUAACCCAGUGCAAAUGGUGGAUCCAAUCGUACCACUACAGUUACCACCACCUCUACAACCUCAGCUAAUACAACCACAGUUGCAAGCAGAUCCUCUUGGUAUUAUUUAAAUAUAACGGCUUACAGUAAGAAGAUGGUUGCAGUCAGCCUGGAAUUGGAUAGAAAGAAAAACUAGAGAUGCAUGUUCUGAAGACGGAAAAACUGCUUUCAUAUUUAUGGAAGUAUUUGGAUCCAAACUGGGAAAUAUUUGUUGUAGACAUACUAUACACCUUGUUCAUAAACACCCAGGUCAGAAUUAUGUGAUUAGCAUGACUGAAGAGGUUUAAUUUUUUAAACAAAAAUAACUAAAAUGCAAAGCUGCUGUUGCAUGAACAUUUAUUGCAAUCACUAUCAUUCCUGUGACAAUUUUGUCACAAUAUAUUGUGAAUAAAAAUUUUCUAUAGAAAUGUAAUGAUUAAAUCAAUCAUUUAUGGAACAUUCAAUGCUUACAGCCUGCUUUAGGGCUGUUUUUGUUGUUUAAUGUUCUUUUUUCCUGAUAAUUCCAUUCCCAUUUAGCCAGUUGCUGUGAACAGCUAAAACACAGCUGUAUUUUAUUUGUAAAACCCCCAAACUACUUAUGCUACAGUAUACUUCUUUUCAGAGAACAUAAACUGCACUGCUAAAAAUACUAUUCCACUCCUUCCAUUUCCUUUAAAGAAACCUGUGGACAUUUGUGUUUGAGGGGUUAGAAAUUUUUUUAUUACAGCACAAUACCAAGGACAUGCUUAUUGUAAAAGUGAGUUUAACUGUUGUGCGAAAAUGUUGCUGUUACCUACUUUUAUUUACUUUAAAG